AUGCAUGCACGGUCAAGAGGAAGCUGCAAGCCAAAAGAAAAAAAAGAAAAGAUGAAGAAGACCAAACACAACUGCUGCCUGUUGACCAUCUUCCUCAUCACCCGACUCAUAAUCAGUACAACCGCACAACUCCAGCAACUGAGCCUGCUGCCUAUAGGAACAGACAGAGAAGGAACAUGUCACACCUUUAUCGGAACCACAGCCGAUGAGAACCAUCAACUAUUCAUAUCCAGGCCAAUCGAAUGUCCAUCAACUGACGACCAUGCCGAUCGAUCAAAAAUCGAAAUCACCUACCAUCCUCAGGAGGAUAGUCUGAUCUACUCCAUAAAUGACGGCCAGAAUCAAGAAGCUCGAUUGGCAAGCUUCCUAUCUCAACUGGACCGAAUCGGCCCAACCAGUCCCGGAAGAAGAAACCCUUCGCCCCAACUCCCAUCAUCAUCAUCCUCACAGGUGGUCUUGGAAAAACAACAAGGAAGCCAUCCUUGGAUUAGGACGCUGUUCGAUGAGCCGCGCAAAUCAUCAACGGUCUUGAUCGAGGUACCUUUGCAAUCCAUCGGCCUAUUCACAGACCUCUUGAAGACACACGAGUUGAGCGCGAUCAGUCAUGUCCCAUUCGAAGAAGAAAAACAGCCGCGAUCCCAAGGCUCGCGUCUCUCAAAGAUUGGACCAGGUUUCCAAGGAAGCGGGGGACUGGAAGAACGACUCAGAGGGCUUCACUACAAGCCCCAAAUCGACCAGAUCUUGGGCCUCAUCAAGCCCGAUAACCUGUUACGAGACAUCGAGAUCCUGAGCGGAAGCGAUGCCGAUGAUCAUCAUCAGAGGCAGAGGUCGACGGAAGACGGGGACUGGACGACCAGGCAUUCGUUCUCAGAAGGCGCCUUCAAGGCCGUCCAGUGGCUCCAAAAUCGCUACCAACAUCUCGGCGCUCGCUGCGAAUUGGAUCAUUAUCUGCCAGAUGUCGCGCCUAAUUUGAUCUGUAAACUCGCCUGGUCAGGCUCUGAUUAUGACCGUCUUACUCAACAAAACAGAACAAUCAAUCAUCAGCAACUGGAGCUUGAGGCGAUUGUCCUCACCGCUCAUUACGACUCUAAAGGCUCAUUCGGCUCGAUUCUUGCGCCGGGGGUUGACGAUAAUGCAUCCGGUUGUGCGGUACUACUAUCAAUAGCUGAGAUCCUCCAAGAAGAAACUGAACGAUCACUCAGUCGAGCGUUGCUGAUGGACGAUUCGGAGUCGAGGUCAAGCGGACGGGAGGUUGAGCUCGUGUUUGUGCAUUUCUCGGGCACCGAACAAGGCCUCAUAGGCUCCCGAUCAGUUGCAGAGAAAUUCCGUGAUCAACGCACGAUCCUACUCUUAAUGAAUCUGGACAUGAUUAGUUUUCGAGUUGAUGGCGAGCCGUUUCAAAUCGGCCUCUCGUCCCUUGGCCCGUCGCCCGAAUCACUCGCCUUCAUCCGCCGAAUCUCGAACGUCUAUGUGCCCGAAUUACUGGUAGGAAACAGCACCAUUGGAGUUUCGGACGAGACAAAUUUUUAUGCCAACGGCUUCCUCAACUCGGUCCGGAUCUUUGAACGUAUCGGCGACGCGAUCCGGAACCCUCAUCACAUGAAAUCCUCCGACCGAUUCUCGCUCUUCUUCGAGCACGACCAUGAUGGUGAUCUGGAUGAUGAUUCGGAUGAUGGAAAGCCGGUGGGCUCGUACGAUAUCGUCCAGACCGUUUCGAUCGCUAAAGUUGUCCUGGCUGGCGUACUCGAGUUACUCUUCUUUUGA